AUGGGAGUUUCAACCCGUCGUGGCACUGUGCAGGUCGUCGGCUCGGGUCAGGAUGACUUCCAGGCUACGGCUACCAAGGCUAUGAUUUCACCCUUCGCACAAUGGCUCCCAGAAAUGGAUCUCGCAUUCAAUGUCAACGACGAGCCUCGAAUUCUCAUUCCACAUGAAGAUGCCGAUCGCAUGAUGGCGUCCGCGGAGCUCGCAGUUCGGUCCAUCAGAGCAUUGGGCAAUAACUUCACCUCGCCUAACGACCUCAACGAUGGUCAGUCAUACGAUCAAGUCAGCGAAACCCGCUUCAAUCGACUAGAUCAUCAACAGACGUGGACACAUUCGCGGAUGUCUUGUCCACCAGAUACUCCUGCCAGAAGCCUUGACCCUGACAUCGAAGACGCGGAGACUGGCUUCACCUUCGGUGGAAUCAGCUUCGUCAACAAUGUCACUUCGUUCAGCGAUAUCUGCCUCCACCCCUCCGUCCGCCAGCCCAUUGGCCUCUUCAACCAUCCCAACGUUUACUCAGUCUCUCACGAUCUGAUACCAGUAUUCUCGCCAUCAAAGCUCUCAAUCUUCCACGACAUCCUCUACCCCUCACCCUACUACUACGCAGACAGAACACAAUACGACGAAACAUCCGCAGUGAACUGGACCGACAAACGACCAUGUCUGUACUGGCGCGGUGCAACAAGUGGAGGCUACAGCCAGGGCGGCACGUGGCGCACCCUCCUCCGCCAAUCAAUCCUCUCGAAGCUCAUGUCGCCUGGCAGAGUACGUAUACUCACCAGAAGUAGCGACAAGUCUGCCUGGGACGUCAAGACCAUCCCCGGAUUUGACGUGUCGCACCGCUACGACACACAUUUUACGGAGAUCAAACAAUGCUCACCAGCCUCCUGCGCCGCUAUGCGCCAGCACUUCGGCGACCAUCCUCACGUCCCGCAGGAAGAGUCAUGGAGGAAUCGAUAUCUCCUGGAUAUGGACGGCAACGCGCUGAGCGGACGAUUCUAUGCGCUUUUGAAAAGCUGGAGCUUGCCCAUGAAAGUCGCGUACUACCGAGAGUGGCAUAGCCCACGAAUCUUUCCAUGGAAGCACUACGUUCCACUCAGCGCCUCGACUGAUGAAUACGCGGAAGUAUUGCGAUACUUUGAAGAGGAGGAAAAUGGGAAGCAAAUAGCCAGGACAAUGGCGGAGCAAGGACGCGAGUGGGCGCAGAAGACCGUCAGACAGAUUGACAUGCAAGUGUAUAUGUUCAGGUUGCUACUGGAGUAA